AUCUAUUUCUCACACACAUUCCCUCUCUCUUUCUCUCUCUCUCUCUCUCAAUAUCCUUUCUGAACAUACAGACACCAUCUGAUCUAUCUCUGAAGCUCUCUUUAUUAUUCUCCGUCCAUUACAAAAGUAAAGUAAAGCUUUAAAAACAAACAAGUAACAUGGUACAAUCAAACAAGUUCAGAGGUGUCAGACAACGCCAGUGGGGCUCUUGGGUUUCAGAAAUCCGCCACCCUCUUCUAAAGAAGAGGAUAUGGCUGGGGACGUUUGAGACGGCGGAGGAAGCCGCCCGAGCCUACGACCAAGCGGCGGUGUUGAUGAACGGGCAGAACGCGAAGACGAACUUCCCGGUGGCCAAGGAGAAGAGCAACGGCGGCAGGGAGGCGGCGAGGACGCCGCCAAUCCCGGUGGACGUUCUAAGCGCGAAGCUGAAGAAAUGCUGCAAAGAGCCGGCGCCGUCGAUCACCUGCCUGAGGCUGGACACCGACGGCGGCCAUAUCGGAGUUUGGCAGAAGAAAUCCGGCAAAGAUUCCGCCUCUAACUGGCUCACCAAGAUCGAACUGCAAGGCAAGAAUUCGAAGAAGAAAGCUACUGAAGAAGAAACCCCAUCAUCAUUAUCAUCCAGCUACUGUAAUUCAUGGGAUAAUAUAGUUUCGCCAUCUUCUUCAUCUUCAUUGUGUUCUUCUAACAAUUCUCUUGGGAUAUCAUCAUCAGAUCAUGAAUUGGUAAUUGCGGAGAUGGAUGAUGAGAACAGAGUGGCAAUGCAGAUGGUUGAAGAGCUGCUUAACUGGAAUAUUCCAAACUCAUCAAUUCUAAAUUAAUUUUAUAUAUCAUCUUCAAGAUAUGAUGUUGCUUUCAUGUUAAAUGAUGCCACCAAUCUUUUAGUUAUUAUAUAUUAAUUAUAUUAUGGUAAAAUUAAUUAGGGUUCCCUUUUAAACCUUUAAUUUGUGUAACAAUAUAUAUAUACAUAUAUAUGAUUAUCUAUAUACGUUAUUAUUGGCUUUAAGGUAGUCUAGCUAGCUAGUACCAAGAAAGAAAGAAGCCAAAUGUAUUUUAAUUUUACCCUUUUCCUUUUAUUGGUUUUCAUCAUCUUAGUUUGAAUAAUGUUGUAAAUUGUAAAUAAGGAAUAAAGUUGAUUUAUG